GGAGCAGAGGAAGCAGUAAGACAGCAGACACUAGAAGACGGAAGUAAACAUGGCCCAGGAGAAGAGCAUGGCGGUUCCAGAGUUCCUCAGUAAAGCAGAGUUAAUAAAACAAGGAGCAGAAGCCCGGGUGUACCGGGCAGAGUUUCUGGGAAAGCCCACUAUUGUGAAAGAAAGGUUCCCGAAACGCUACAGACACCCAGUGCUGGACGAAAAGCUGACACACCGCAGGACGGUACAGGAGGUCCGCUCCAUACUGCGCUGCCGGAGAGCAGGCAUAUCUGCCCCUGUAGUCUAUUUUGUGGACUACACAUCCCACUGUAUUUUCUUGGAGGAAAUCGUGGGUUCCUCGACUGUGCGUGACCACAUCGCUUCCACUCAGCAGUCUGAUUCCUGUAAGGAGCCGGAACUGGAGCGGCUGGCUGAGAAGGUAGGCCAGAUCCUGGCCAGAAUGCACGAUGAGGACGUCAUCCAUGGAGACCUGACUACCUCCAACAUGCUACUGCGAUGCGGCCAGGAGGACGGGGAGUCCGACCUGGUCCUCAUCGACUUCGGCCUGAGUUACAUCUCUGCUCUGCCAGAGGAUAAGGGGGUGGACUUGUAUGUGCUGGAGAAGGCUUUCCUCAGUACCCACCCCAACACAGAGGCGCUGUUUGAGAAGCUACUGAAGAGCUACACUGCAUCAUCCAAGAAGUCGUCGGCCGUCAUUAAAAAACUUGACGAGGUUCGGUUGAGAGGGAGGAAGAGGUCGAUGGUGGGAUGAUGAUCCUUGCUGUGUACAGGGACAAGUCUAUCUGGAAAUUAUGUUUCUAAAAACAUGUUAGAAUUACAAAGCUGUUAUUGUGCAAAAAGACUGUUUGGAAAGUAUCAUUAUAAAAUAAAAAACUGUUUUGUAAGAAAACAGGAAGAAGUUUUCUCUUAAUGAAGGCCGAAAUAAUAAAAAAGAUGGACUUGGACAGAA